GACACACCGUCGACACCGUCGCGCACGGCGGCGACCUCACAAGCGAACGGAAGCUCGCGCCCGCGCACGGCUGUUUUUUUCGAUUUUGUGCUGUGCCCGCGAAGGGGCGUCCAGACGACCAUUUCGUUCGGGCUCGAUUCGAUAUCUCGGCGGACCCCUGGGAGAAUGAGCGACUAUCGACGUAGUAACGAGACGCCGCUGCGUCCACCUGUUCGAGCAGAGUUGGUGGGCGUCCUGCUGCGGGAAGUGUGGCCGUAGUGCGUGCGUGUUGUGUGUGUGCGUGUGUGUGCGACCCGUGUGAGUUUUGUAGUUUUGUGAGUGGCCAGCGGCAAAGAGGCCGAGUGUUGUCGUCUGCUACUGCGCGCGCCGUCUUCGUGAUGCGCUGGCUGGUCCGGCGUAAGCAGACGGCCCAUGCUCCGGCCGGUGCACCGUUAUUUUGGGCCUGCGUCGUCUGCUUCGUCCUCGCGCUCCUCGGUGUCGAUGUCGCUGCUUCAUCUGAUCCGCCCAAGGUGCAGCCCUUUCAGUUCCCGAGUCGGCCGCAGCUGGGCAAGCGAUUGCGCAUCACGUGUUCGGUGACCCAGGGAGACUCGCCGCUCAGCUUCUCCUGGCUCAAGGACGACGCCGAGCUGACGGCGCCUUCUGCUUCUUCUUCGGCCGAAGGCACCGACGAUCACCCGGUCUCCCUGGACGCCGGGCCGGAGAGCUCGGUGCUCGUGCUCAAGAGGCUGGGCGUCGACGACAUCGGAAAUUACACGUGCGUGGUCUCCAACGCGGCCGGCACCGACAAGUUCCAGGCAUUCCUCAGGUUCCCAGUGCCACCCUUCUGGAAGCGGCAACCAGAGCCCGCGGAGGCCCUGCAGGGCGAACGGGCCGUCCUGUCUUGCGAGGCCGGCGGAUACCCGGAGCCCCAGGUCACGUGGAAGAGGCGACACGCCGACGGAGCCGAGCGCGCGGUGGUGAAGAGCGAUCGCGUGCGAGUCACCGAGAACGGCUCGCUGCUGCUGGAGCCCGUGCUGGUCUCGGACCGGGGCUGGUACGCGUGCCAGGCGCACAAUGGGGUGCCCCCCGACGUCCACCGGGCGGUGGCGCUCAAGGUGAGAGCGCCGCCCACGAUCAACGUGAACGCUAAAGUUGUCACCGUUCGGCGAGGUGAGACGGCCACCCUGGUGUGCAACGUCACGGGCGACCAACCAAUCACGGUCACCUGGACGAGGAACGGCAAGAGCGACCCCCUCGUCGAAAUGACCGGGCGCGAGCUGUAUCAGGUGCCGUCCGAGGAAUGGGUGGCCUCGACGCUGGUGCUUAAGGAGGUGGAUGGCUUGGCCGCCGCCUCGUACACCUGCACGGCAGCCAACGAGCACGGCACGGACCGGGCCGUCUUCGCCGUCAACGUGCUCUUUCCACCACCUACGCCGCACAGCUUGAAGACCACCGAAAUCGGCACGCGGUUUGCACACAUCGAGUGGUCGCAUUCCAGUAGCAACGUGACGCGCUACGUCGUCCGCCACUGGAAGCUCACAGGCGUUGACAAGGUUCUGUUCGAGCACACGGUGCCCGGCGCCUUCCACUCGGCGCUGCUGAUGAACCUGCGGCCCGGCUCCCAGUACAAGGCGUUCGUGGUGGCCGAGAACGCCGUGGGACAGAGCCCGCAGUCCAACGCCGUCAUCUUCCGCACGGCCGAAGAAGCUCCGGAAGCUUCCCCGACUGAUGUGGACUGCGAGCCCGUCAACGCGUCUAGUAUUGAACUUUCGUGGAAGUCCCCGCCGGAGGACCAAUGGAACGGCGCGGCCAAGGGCUUCUACGUCGGCUUGAAGCAGGCCGACCACGGGACCCCAUACGUGUACGAGAUGGUGCCCUUCGGCAGCGCCGGCGACGAAGUGUUGCGUCGCGUCUUCACCCGCUUGGCGCCGGCCACCGUGUACAGCUUCGUGGUCAGAGCGUUCAACUCGGCCGGUUCCGGGCCGGCCACCAGGGAGCUGCGGUGCGCCACACUCUCGGGAGAUCCGCCUCCGGCUCCAACCCUUUAUCUAGUCAAAACGGAGGAGUCCAUGGUCACUCUGAGCUGGAAGGUACCCAAAGUGCACAACACCACUGUUCUCCAGUACGUGCUGGAGACGAGACGCGACUACACGGACGAGGUGUCGCUGCAGCACUUCCCGUCGACGACAGACGUCGCCACCGUCUCCAACCUGGAGAGCAGCGUCAAGUACAGCUUCAGGCUGGCUGCGUACAACCGCUACGGACGCGGCGCCUUCUCCAACCCGAUCACCGAGUCCACGAGGCUCAAAUUUACGAAUCGCCUUCUGUCGGGAAACCUGCAACAACCCGAGAGCCCAUUCUACAUGCGUAGCUACUUCUUCAUCGUCAUCAUCGCCUGCGUCACCUUGGUCACCCUAUCGGCCGUCAUUUCAUGGGCAUGCGUCAAGAGGGCCAUCAUCGCUCAAGAGCGCCGGAACAAGGCUGCCGCGGCGAGUCUCCGUUGCCGACCAUCCCUGUCCGGAGCGUACAGCCCGCGCUGGGUGCACGACCCCAGGGUGUUCGACGACAACUACGACAUGCCGUGGGACACCGCGGACCCGCAGCGCGCUGCUUCGCCUCACGCCUACACGAACGUGUAUCACCCGAGUUCACGGUCCUGACGUCCGCUGUGACGUCACGAGCACACCGCCAAAGACGGAAGAAGAGAGUGCACCCCAAACGUGCCUUGCGACGUCGCACGGGAGACGCUGUCCUCGUCGCUGUACAGAUAGUUGUGAAUGAUCUCAAGAUAAAUAAAAGAAAUCGCGUGCAU